AUGUCUCUGUUACCAAACGAGCUGAUACAACACAUUAUCAGUUUAACAGAGCAAGCUUAUUUGACACCUUAUUUAUUUGUGUGCAAAUACACAUUUCAUUUAGCACGACAACGAGCGUAUAAAAAAGUCAUCUUUCCCGACAAGAACAUUGACGAGACACACGUUAUUUCAUUCUGUGAGCUCUACGGCCUUUCCAUUACCACCAUGAAACUACCACAAGCACGCUAUUUUUCAGACGCUGUGUACGAUCUGAUACUAACGCUCUGCCCGAAACUGGAAUUCAUACAGAGCAACAUAUACCCAAAGCAAUUGGCGCAAUGUAUACCCAAGAUGCGUCAUGCUACAUGUGUCAUGGCAACAGACAUACCAGAGCAUCUGCUGCUAGACGAAGAUCUGGCAAUAGUCAGCUCAGCCUUCAAGACAACCACCUUCUUUCCAUGUUGUGCCUCCUUCUUCAUUUUCCCCAGUGAAUUGGUGCCUGAAAAGAAUCCAACGUUGACACAAAUCUCGCAUUAUUUCCAUCAUCCCGGUGCGCUCAGCAAUGCCAUUUUGCCUACAUUUGGUUCUGAUCUACUAGCAUUGACAUUAAACCCUUACGACGUACUGACUUCAUCUGUCGCUCGACUGAUUGUGUCAAAAUGUCCUAAAUUACGGUAUUUAGUAGUGCCAGCAGUAAAAGCAGAGGGAUUAUGGAUGCUACUAAGGUGGUGUCACACGUUAGCAGCCAUUGUGGUGGGAAGCGACUCGGUGUCAUUCGAUGACGGCGAGGAUGAAGAGCAAGAUCAAAUAGACAAUGAAUUUCAGCAUGAAUUAGGGGUAACAUCAGGAGAACCAGCACAGCCGUUUGAACACCACCAUUCCAAUCGCAGUCGACGUAUUCUGACCGCAAUCGAGAAUGAACGAGCCGUAGAGACAGUGCAGCACCAUAAGCGAGUGUGGUGUGUUCAUUUUCACACAGAUGAAAACGAGGACAGUACUAUUAGAAGAUUUUCAUGGCACAUUGGCAUCAUACCUAAAAUUUAA